AUGGCGACACGCUGGUGGGAUCGGAUCAAGCUUCCGCGUACCGCAGAGUCGUGGGUAAUGAUGGCAGCGAUAGAAGAAAUAAGUGGCCCUUCUGAACGAAAGAAAAAGAGUCGCAAUUUCAAAUCGUCCGAUGCUGAGAUCCCCUCUAUCGGAAAGCUGGCCGUUGAUGUUCACUUCCAAGAUGCUGGAAACUGGGAAUCGGCAUCCAAGAUGCAGCUUGGCCACUACCUUACGGCACACAUCAUCUUCCAGUUCGGGCCCCCAAAAAGCCUGCUCCAAUCCCCGAUCAGAGACGCCAUCCUAUUGUUUAAAGAGUCUGAUAACCUCUCAAAAGCGUUUCUGCAGGAGUUUGAGGACUGGAAACUGUACAGACAGAGCCUCAAACAGUUCGGCAGGGGAAGGCCGCAAGCUGGAAAGGCCUCAAAUGUCGGAGUAUUUACCACCGCGUUGAUGGCCAACAGGGCAAUUCCUUCUGUGUCCAAAGAAGACCACCACACAGACACUGACAUGGAAGGUUCUAGACCUCCAUCGAGCCGAAUCAGGGCAAAAGGAAGCCUUGCUGGUGCAGAACCUGAUGCCAUGGAUACCUCGGAUAUCAGCCCAACCCGGGAUCGCACGACCGGCCGACAAACAUCGUCAGAUGAGACAGGAGGAAGUGCCUUGACGCUUGAACCGCUCAUACAAGCUCUCAGCAUUAACGAUAGCGAUGAUACCUACCAGUCAGACAAUGACGUUCUUGAAGAUGUCGUGAACCAUGCGCUGCUCGAUUUUCUCAUGGCGCUUUGUGGGACCUGUCCACAUGUGUCUGUGGACUAG